CUGAUAGUCUGCGCAUCCCUCAUCCUCGUUUCAGUCUCUGCGGUUUAAGGCUCGGGUUCGUCGUUUAUCGCGGAUAUUUGCGUUCUUUAACAUUUUAAAAUCGACACUACAGCAAACAGCAAUAUUGAAUACUAAAAAUAGAGCGUUGCUUUUCACGAACAUCUCGUGAAAUAACCGAAUUAAAUCCACCUGCGACACAAUCCAAAACGUGGAGACUGCGGGGGAGGUUUUUCUUUUUUUUCUUGCUUGCUUCUUGAUAGAAAAAAAAUAUAUAUAUAAAUAAACAAACAUGAAAACCAAAUUUAUCAACGGGGUUUCGUCUUCCCCUUCUAUGUCGCUGGGCCUCCUAGUGACCGCGAAUGCUCUGCACGUCCAGCCCGACACCCAGGAGGACUCCAGGGAGCUUGUCCGCCCCGAACAGCCGGACCUGGAGACCCGCCGCAAGGCUUAUUUGUGGUGCAGGGAGUUUCUGCACGGAGCCUGGAAAGGACUGGCCGAGGAGGACUUCGAGAUCACCAUCAUAAGAGGUGGUCUGAGCAACAAGCUCUUUUUGUGCAGCCUCCCCGACUCCCUAGGCUCGGUCGGGGACGAGCCGAGGAGCAUCCUGCUGCGCCUCUAUGGGGCCAUCCUGCAGAUGUCCUGUAAUAAAGGGGACUCCCGACAGUCAAACAAAGAGAAUCACUUCCAAGGAGCAGAGGCCAUGGUUCUGGAGAGCGUGAUGUUCGCCAUCCUGGCUGAGAGGGAGCUGGGUCCGAAACUCUACGGCAUUUUCCCUCAGGGCCGCCUGGAGCAGUAUGUCCCCAGCCGUAAACUGGACACCUGUGAGCUAAGCGACCCCAGCAUCUCCACUGAGGUGGCACAGAAGAUGGCCAGGUUUCACGGGAUGAGGAUGCCCUUCAACAAGGAGCCAAAGUGGCUGUUUGGGACCAUGGAGAAGUACCUGAGCCAAGUCAUGAGGCUGAACUUCACCAGAGAGUCCCACCUGCGCCGCUUCAACAGCAUGCUGGCCUACAACCUGCCACAGGAGAUGGAAACGCUAAAGUUCCUGCUGGAGUCCACACACUCCCCUGUUGUGUUCUGCCACAAUGACUGCCAAGAAGGAAACAUCCUGCUCCUGAAGGGCCGCCACAGCUCAGACAAACAGAAGCUGAUGCUAAUUGACUUUGAAUACAGCAGCUACAACUACAGAGGCUUUGACAUCGGCAACCAUUUCUGUGAGUGGAUGUAUGACUACACCUGCGAAGAGUUUCCCUUCUUCAAAGUUGAUACCCAGAACUACCCUUCAAAAGCCCAGCAGCUUCACUUCAUCGAGAGCUACCUGCGAGAGUCCGACCAGGGCUUUGACAACCUGAGCGAAGAGCACCAGAUGAAGCUGAAAGAGGAGCUGUAUGUGGAGGUCAACAGGUUCUCACUUGCAUCUCACUUCUUUUGGGGCUUGUGGUCCAUCAUCCAAGCGAGACUGUCAACCAUUGAGUUUGGAUACCUGGAGUACGCCCAGGCCAGGUUUGACGCCUACUUCCAGCAGAAGAUGAUCUGGGCCGCCUAAUGCAGCAGGCGACUGGGUGAUUAGACAACACAUUGAGCCAAAAUGUCAGCAGGAGGACACAAAGGCUGAGAAAAGAUUCAAAGAUCCACGCUUUACCUACUCUCCCCAUCUUUAAAGGGGAUUUUGCUGCCUCGUGUUGGUGUUUUGUUGACCAAAGCCAAAACUUAAUCCAAUGGCUAGGCUCUUGAGUUACACCUCCAAAUCAAUCGCAGCUCAACGUUUACAAUGUAGCUACACAAAGGCCAACCGAAAAAGAAAAGGCGCUGACUUCUACUAACCUUCUUUGCCGCUCAGAUGUCCUCUCUGCUUCUGCUGGACCAUACUGAUGGAUGAUGGAUGAUGGAUUUGAGUAGGUGAACGGCAGAUUUGGGUUACUGCUAGAGCGGAAAUGUUAACAUUGCAUCAAUGUGUAUGUAUAGAUCAUUCUCUGAUGGAGAUGCUCUAUGGGAAGGAACCAAAACGCAGACUACUCUGCCUAGUUUUGCUCACUGAGGCAGCCAGUUGCUAACUAUGUGUAUUAUAAUAUAUUAUAUAGCGUUCAAUGUGCCAGUAGCCUGUUAACUGAUGAUGGGCUGAAGGGGUUGGUGAAAUUAUGACUUGAUUUAUAGAUUUUUCUGUACACUUUUGCUGUGAUUUCCUUUUUUUUUAUUUGGGUGUGUUUGUCAUUGUCAGACCAGAACUUUUUAAAGAUGUGAAUACCUUCCUCCAGAUGAUACUCGAAGGCAUAAAAUCGUCAGUGCUUAUGCCCGAGUCUUUGUGACAUCCUUACUAAUCAUACUCACAACUGGGCUUUAUAUUUUUUAAAGCAGAAGUAUGGAGUGUUUAAAGUGUUUUAUUUUAUUUAAGUGACCAAUAGAUACACAUCUCUGUACAAUUUACUGAGCCAAAUACCUUAGCAUGUUUUUAUGGACAUUGCUGCUAAAUGCCACAUAGACAAUUGUAUACUAGAGACGGCUUUACAUAGAGCGUUGCUUCUUUAUUUCUAAUAAUGGUCUCUUGGUGAUUGGUCACUCGUGUGUUGACACAAGUGCCUGGUACCACGCUGCCUCUGCAUUGUACUCUUCAUCCAGAGUAAUGACACUGGCAGUCGAGGCAUCAAAGCUAAUCUGUUUUGCACAAAUCACUAAAGUAAACGUUGUAAAUAAUUACUGUGACAAGGAGGUAGUUGAAAGAUUUCUACAAUUUAGAGACCUAGGUCAUGUUAAAAAUUCAAGCUUGUAUUAUAAUCUGUGUUUUCAGUCGUGGUAAAAAUCGUACUGCAUUUGAUAACAGAAAUGAAAACAGAAAAGGGCAAACGGUCUCUCAAGUUUACCUCAACUAUUAUGCUGUUGAGUAAUAUACAUGGAUCCAAAUGUUGAAACUGGAGAAAUAUAAUCACUGCACUAAAUCAACGGACACCAAACACCAAUUAUAUAUGUAUUGCAGUUAAAAACAAUAUUUAGUUUCUUGUGUUUAGUUGUUUUUCAUACCUUCUGUUUAAUUGGCACACUGGGCCUCCCUUUAACGUGGUUCCUACAAUGCUGAAGUUUGUUUCCAUUCUUAAUUUCCGUAUUUUGUUUUUUAAUGGAUUAAAAAAUGUGAUGUUUUAUUAAAAAAAAUACUUAACAGGAUUUCUGUAUUACUUCAUGUCUAAAUGAAUUUUUUUGCAUUUUUGAUUGGUCAUAUCAUAUUGUGAAAUUAGUAUUAUAGCCGUAAGUAUUUUGCUUUUUAAGUCAUCAAAAUCUGCAGACGUAUUAAAAAAUCAAAAUUGGACAUUUCAGCAAUUUUUUUUGCAGUGCUUGAGUACAGAAUUUAAACUGGACUGUUUCCUAAACUCAGUCUACUUCAGAUUAAUCAGGGAAAGGGCUGAACAGCUACUUUUUAGUUUUUAUAAACUGAAUAAAUACAUCCAACAAUCCACAAAUUGUGCUUUGUAAAAUCAGGAAAACCCUCACCCCACUUCCCUAUUUAAGGCAGUUUUAACCUAUUUGACCAAAUUAAUAAAAACUUUAAUUUUACUCAAGUUAAAGAUGACAGCUUUUUAAUUGGACUAUUUAAUAAAGGAUAAAGGAAAAGCUAAUCAUAACAAAGAUAAUUAGCCUGAAUGUUGAGACACACUACAGCACUGUUUUUAUUCUGUUAUACCUCUAUAUUAACACAGAAUAUUCCCUGUGAAAAGUUUGCAUACUUUGUGAACAGUUCCUUAUUUGGCACAUGCUGACAGUUGCUAAUACUAGUCUAAAGUCCAAUCCCAUUAAUCCACCAUGCACGCUUUUAAAAUAAAUACAUCAAACUUGGUGUAUGCAAGAUUGAAACAUUUACUUCGUCUGUCAUUUUCUGCUUGGUUUCCGAUUUCUGCCCCAUUGUCAGACAAAACUAACUAAUCUACGCUGCAUACAUUUUGCCUUAUUCCUCUCCUUCAUCUGAUCAUAAGUGAAUACUUUGGUGGGCAUCAUGAAAAAGGCGAGCUAUAUAAAAGCUGCAGUGAUUGUAGUGAAAACCUUUGAGCACUGUGAAGCAUAACAGCAACUGAUCACUACACCUGGAGCUAAAAACUAGAUUCGAACGUCGAUUGAGGCACUUUUGAAAAGCUUAUAAAAAAGAGGAAAAUAAAAAAACAGGGUUUCUGAACUGUGACUUUGGAGUUAUUUAAAUGUUAGUUGUACUUUUGCUUGUGUAUUUAUAUUUACUUUUUGAUGUGUUUAAUAUGUAGAUUUAUUUUCAUUUUGAUAGAUCGUACUUGAUGUCCACCGUCAGAAUGUGCAAGGGGUUGUACUGGACAGAUAUUUAAUUUUUUUUGUAAUGUUACUGGUACAUCUUUACUGUCUGUAUCACUUGUGGGAUUUCCUUUAAGCUAACUCAAAUUUUUAUUUUGUUUUAGACAUUGCCUUUUAUUCCUUUGUUUCUCUUGUAAUGUCAUUGUUUAUUUAAAAAGAAAAGCAUCUUGAUGAGUAAGACACCACAUUCCAUUCAUGUUUUUUUUUGGUUUGUUUUUUUUUUGUUAAAGUGGGAUCACAUUGAACCUUGAGACCUAGAAGUUGGCUUUUAGUGGUUCUCUCAGUCAAACUGUAACUAGACCCUGGUCGCUGAACAAACACACCCACUCUGUAUAUAUUUAAUGUAAUAUUCUCUAACAAACAACAAGUAGAAAAAAAUAUUCAAAGAUAAAUAAUGAAAAGGUUUUAUCCUGUCAUCAUUGCUGGUGCACAGUGCUGUGAAAAAGUAUCAUCCCCUUACAGAUUUCUUCUAUUUUUGCUAGUUUUGGUCAUCAUAAUCAUAAAAAAAAGAACUUUUUUUCUUAUGACGUGGGAAAAUAUAAAGAGUAGUUGAUUUCAGUUAUUUGUGAAAACAUAUCGGAGUCAACCUAGCGAAGAAGGAAUUGCCCCUUCCACCAGUGUUUCUCAAUUUUGGUCCUCAGGGACCGCUGCCCUGCAUAUUGUAGGUGUUUCCCUUCUUCCACACACCUGACUUAAAUAGGUGGGUGAUUAACAGGCUUCUGCAUUCCUAGAUAGCAGGAGUGAGGGUCAUGCAAACAUUUAAGUAAGGUGUUCUGGAACAGAGACACGUCUAAAAUAUGUUAAACCUAACAACUGGUUGCUCCCACCUUUUGCAGAAAUGUUUUAAAUCAGCCAUGUUGCAGAGGUUUCCACCUGACUGGCUUGUUAAAAGCCAUGCCGCAACAUUUCAAUGUGAUCCAAGACUUUGACUAAAACACGUCAAAACCUUUUGUAUUUUUCACUUUUUCCAAUUGGCUAAUGUUAGUUUAGAGAGCUGUUUUCCCAUAAAAACUGACCCAACAUUUGAAAACGUCUUUUUUAUUUUUAUUCAGAUUGUCAUUGUCUGGUAAUAAAGUCGGAUCUUUUUCAUCUGAAAACAAAUCAAAAGAAAUCUGUAAGAGGGCGAAUGCCUUUUUUGCUGCGCUGUACAUUAUGGUAUUGUUCUAUUCUUUGAUGAUGACCACAAAUAUUCUGUGAUUUUACUCACCUUUGUUAUCUAUGCAGCUGUAACUGAAUGCAUAUGUACUCACAUCAACUCGCUCUGUAAUCAGAAAGUUUUUUGUUAAACUGCAGCAGCACUGAAAUGACUGUAAAUCUAUGCUUUGCACAAAUAAAACUGAAGAGAUAGAGAAUUCGA